CCCUCCUUCCUUCCCUUCCCCCUCCUUCCUUCCCCUUCCCCUCUAACCUCCACUUCCCCUCCUCCCUUCCCUUCUUCCCAUUUUUCCUACCUUUCCUUUCCUCCCUCCCCCGCUCCCCAUGAAAGCCAGUCCUAUGAAAUGGAGCAUAAAGCGACCCGGCGGCGCGGAGGAACGUUUGGGGCGGGGCCUUUGCCAGCCCCAUGGACCAGUUGUUUCUGCCGGUGCAGCAGUGAGAGGCGCGGGAGGAUGUAAACCCCCCAGCAUUCCAUCCCUCGACCCGGCGGCGCGGAGGAACGUUUAGGGCGGGGCCUUUGCCAACCCCACGGACCAGCUGUUUCUGCCAGUGCAGCGGCGAGAGGCACGGGAGAGGAUUUAAAACCCCCCAGCAUUCCAUCCCUCGACCCGGCGGCGUGGAGGAACGUUUGGGGCGGGGCCUUUGCCAGCCCCACGGACCAGCUGUUUCUGCCGGCGCAGCGGCGAGAGGUGCGGGAGAGGAUUUAAAACCCCCCCAGCAUUCCAUCCCUCGACCCGGCGGCGCGGAGGAACGUUUGGGGCGGGGCCUUUGCCAGCCCCACAGACCAGUUGUUUCUGCCGGCGCAGCAGCGAGAGGCACGGGAGAGGAUUUAAACCCCCCCAGCAGUCCAUCCCUCGACCGACGGCGCGGAGGAACAUUUGGGGCGGGGCCUUUGCCAGCCCCACGGAACAUCUAUAUCCUCUGACGAGCGGGGCAAGGACAGCGGACGCUGGGUGAUGUGAGCCAGUUGGUCUCACUAGCCCAUCUCAGGGGCAUCAUUCGAGCGAGGCGAAAGCGGAAGAGCGCCUGGCGGAGGGUACAAAGCCCAGCCCUGCCACAACAUUGCCAGCGUGGCGACAGCAAAGAGAAAGCCAGUGGAGGCUUGAGGCCUCGCCGCACAACACCUUUUCCCCACUGAGAGAGGUGGAAGCGGGAGCGCGCCUAGCGGAGGGUACAAACCCCAACCCUGCGACAACCUUACCAGUGCGGCGGCAGGAGGGAGAACGCCAGUGGAGGAUUGAGGCCUCGCUACACACCACCCUUUCCCCACCGAGGGAGACGGAAGCCGGAGCGCAGCUGGCAGAGUGUACAAAGCCCAGCCCUGCCACAACAUUCCCAGUACUGCGGCAGCAGGGAGAGUGCCAGCGGAGGUUUAAGGCCUUGCCACACACCAGCCUUUCCCCGCUGAAUGAGGCGGAAGCAGGAGCAUGCCUGUUGGAGAGUACAAAGCCCAGCCCUGCACAACCUUCCCAUCAUGGUGGCAGCAAGGAGAACGCCAGCAGAGGCUUGAGGCCUCUCCACACGCCAACCUUUCCCCACUGAAUGAGACAGAAGCAGGAGCAUGCCUGGCGGAGGAUACAAAGCCCAGCCCUGCCACAACCUUCCCAGUACUGCGUCAGCCAAGAGAAUGCCAGCAGAGGCUUGUGGCCACUCCACACACCAGCCUUUCCCCACCGAGCGAGACAGAAGCAGGGGUGCACCUGGCGGAGGGUACAAAGCCCAGCCCUGCCACAACAUUCCCAGUACUGCGGCAGGAGGGAGAACGCCAGCGGAGGCUUACGGCCUUGCCACACACCAGCCUUUCCCCACUGAAUGAGGCAGAAGCAGGAGCAUACCUGGUAGAGAGUACAAAGCCCAGCCCUGCCACAACCUUCCCAGUACUGCGUCAGCCGGGAGAAUGCCAGCGGAGGCUUGAGGACUCACCACACACCAACCUUUCCCCACCCAGCAAGGCAGAAGCAGGAGUGCGCCUGGCGGAGGGUCCAAAGCCCAACCCUGCUACAACCUUCCCAGCACGGUGGCAGCAAGGAGAAUGCCAGCAGAGGCUUGAGGACUCACCACACACCACUUUUUCCUCACCCAGCGAGGUAGAAGCAGGAGCACGCCUGGCAGAGGGUACAAAACCCAGCCCUCCAUAAUCUCCUCAGCGAGGCUGAAGCAAGGAGAACUCCAGCGGAGGAUUGAGGCCUUGCUACACACCACCCUUUCCCCACCGAUGGAGAUUGAAGCCGGAGCGCGCCUGGCAUAGUUUAUAAAGCCCAGCCCUGCCACAACAUUCCCAGUACUGCAGCAGCCGGGAGAACACCAGUGGAGGCUUAAGGCCUCGCCACACACCAGCCUUUCCCUGCUGAAUGAGGCAGAAGCAGGAGCAUGCCUGGUGGAGAGUACAAAGCCCAGCCCUGCCACAACCUUCCCAACGCGGUGGCAGCAUGCCCAUCUCCUAAAAUGCCCGUUCCUGUAUUUUCUGAGCUGCAUUUAUUCCCAGUACACUCCAGGAGACACAUUUACUUAUAGAAGAACCUGAGAAAAUACCUAUAGAAAGAUCUGAGUAAAAAGGUCCUCCUUCACUUCUCCCUCUAGUGACUGGGCUGGCUCCUUGUGCUGGGAUCUGGAGUAGCAGCCCUAGGACAAGACAGUUUAGUGUGGCCCUUUUAGCUAUCCCUUUCAUUUGCCCUUACCUGAAACCUGGAAAAAAAGGAGGGCUUCAGUAGGGAGGUGAGCAGGAAUUUUUAUCCGUACACGACUUGCAAGCAUUUAAAUAGGGUCCUUGCUUUUUCAAAUGCCUUUUCUCCAUAUUUAUAUGCUUGCGACAUCUCUAAAUUAAAAUUAUAAUAAAUAAACAGCUUUAUUUUUAAGUUGUGCCAAUUAAGGCUUCUCAGAGCAAAAGAACAUGAAACCCUCUGACUCCUUUUUGUUGUUCAUUUUUGGUUUCAACCAAGGAACUCAUCUUUGUCUCAAUACUUGUGCCAUCUAGAGUGGAAGAUGUUCUUUGAAUAUAUGGAGAGAAGAUGGACAGUAAUAAAGAUAAGAAAUUAAGUUAUAGACACUCUUGGUUAACUCAAUAGGGAAUCAGGAGAAUUACUCUAAAAGGUAAUAAAUGAAAGUUUAGAAACUGUAGAAGUACUUUAUAAACAGUAGCUUGCUCAGAUACGGUGUUAUCUCUAUGUGUAUGGCGAUUCUAAACUAUGUAUACGUACGUAUGUAUAUAUCUGUAAGAUGGUGCGUAUACACAUGACUGUAUUAGCGGGAAUAUGAUACUUAUAUAGAAAUAACUUUUCUAGCCUAAUUUCACUAUUCACUGCCAAAUGGGGCGCUGUAUAUAUUACUUUAGAUUGUUGAAGGGGCUUUUAGUACAUUUAGUCCACAGAUGCCUUUCAAAUAUAUAGAAAGAGUUAUACUGUUUUGAAUCAAUAUACUAUAUAUAUAUAUAUCAUUUCUAUUGACAGAAUAAGAAUAAGUAUUGUAGAGGUAACCUGAGAAAGAAAGAUACAAAACAGAAAAGUAAGCUAUAACUUUUACUUAAAGAUUUACUCUAGAAAAAUGUAAAUAGAAAAGACCAAGCUAUGAGAAUGAAUGUAAAUAUAACUCAGGAUAUAAGCCAAUGUUAAGAUGCGAAGUGUUAAGAGGACAACUAGAUAAGUAGGAAGAAGAUAAUACAUGAGAUAAGAAAAACGAGAUAAGAAGAAAUGACUCAAGUGGUAGGAAGUCUAGGAUGAAUGUUACAUGUGUUUUAAAGUAACAAUGUUAUGUCUUUGUUGUUGUCACGAGUAUAUGUAUCACAUUGGUUUGUGUAUAUGUGUGUAGACAUGUGUGAUCACACUAUGUUUUGUGCAAAAUGUAAAAAAAAAUUUAAAAAAAAUACUUCUGCCAUCUGUGAGCCAGUUUUUGGGAACUAUACAUUUACAAGAGCUGUUGUAUUUUCUUGUGGGCUUGGUUUUUGCUUUCCAUUAAAACCUCCAUCUUAAACACUACUCUGCAGCAGAUGAAGUUGAUGCCUAUCCCUGCAUGACUAUCCCUGAAUUAUAUUUAUGUACAUUACUUUGGAGGGUCAGUGUGGUAUAGUGGUUUGAGUGUUGGAUAAGGAUUCCCGGAAACUACAGUCUGAAGGCUUGCUCAGCCAUGGGAACCCACUGGGUGACCCUGGACAAGUCAUAGACUCCCAGCCACAAAGAAAGGCAAGGCAACUCCCCUCUGAGCAAAUCUUGCCAAGAAAACCUCAUGGUAGGGCCACGUUUGUGUCACUGUAAGUAAGAAAUAUCUUGAAGACACAGAACAUAUGAAAUUACUCAGAAUCUCCCUUUUUGUUACCAAACUUCCUGUAGGACUGGCCUUACCAUUAGGCAAUAGACUUUUGGUGCAACACAUUUAUGGAGUCACUCCUCUGGAAGUUGUUCCUUUUGAAUCCCUGUGACAACAUAAACAGGCAUCUGAGCUUUGCAAUCCUCCCCUUAAUUGCCACUUUCAGGUGGAUGGCCAAGUCUAACCCUAAGGAGGAUACAGUAAAAUGUAAAUAUCUCAGCACAGUUUGUUUAUUGUCUGGCAUCUG